UUUCCACCUCUGUUUUUGUAUUUAUUGUGUCUCUCUUUGCAGAGCACUGUCCAUGAUUUAACAGUACAUCGGGCAAGUCCUGAGGACGUGGUGCGGCGCCAUGAGAUACACAAAUCAAAGAACAAGGCAUUGGCACACAUGGAGCUACAAGAGAGAGCACUGAAGAGAAAAUGGAAGAAGCAGAGGCAGGCGGCUCCUGAUUCCCUGGAGAAAAGGAAGCUGGCACUCAUGCGAGAGAUUCUCUCUGAUCAGUAUCAGCUGCAAGAUGUGUUGGAGAGAUCUGAUCAAGCCAUGGCCAUAGUGAAAGACCUUUUUGGUGAUGCUCCUCGUAGGCAUGCAGGUUUCCCUAAUGUAACAAUGGCUCCUCAUUGUGACCUGGAAUCCUCUCAAGGUCCCAUUGUACACAAAAGUGAUCCUCCCACACAGCUCUCCAUCCUUAGUGAGUCUGUCAUGGAUCCCCAGGCUCUCAAUGAAGUAGAAGGGGAUGGUUUUUCCAACUGUCAGUCAGAGGACAGUGUGAGUGAACAGGAUGUGUCUUUGCACUUCAAGUCCAACAUUAACAUGGACAGGCUACUCCAGUUAUUGAAUGAAGGAAAAACUGCUGGGGCUUCUCAGCUACAGGCUGAGAAGCAACUGAAAACACCUACUCCAUCGCAGAAAGCAAAUGCAGCUAUGACUCCUCCAACUGUCCUGCCGUCAACCGAAGCCCUCAAUACUACCAAAGUAGUCCAGAGAGUCCAUUCAAGGCUACAGAAUGAUGAUGAAGGGCAGACUCCAGAUUCCUCUUUCACUGUGAGACAAGUGCUGAACCCAAACCUAAGGAAGCAAAAGCAAGUUUCAACUAAAGUGAAAAGAAAUCAAACUGCACAGAUGACUUCCAAACAGAGAAGAAAUGAUUCUCUUGCUAAUGGAGUUGCCUUUGAACUUCCCAGUGGCAAUAAAUCUAGCCUAGAUGUCCUUAAUCGUAUGAUACAUGAAGUGGAGCAUGAAAUGGAGGAAUAUGAGCGAUGUACAGGCCGUGAGGUCCAGAAAACGCAGAAUGGUCAAGGCCUCACAGGAUUCACCAUGUCAUUGGUGAACACGCUCUGUCGUCUGAUGCGCUAUCUCAAGGAGAGUGAGAUGCAGCUGCGUCAGGAGGUGGUGACGAGGCAGCAAAUUGAGGGAGUACUGAGUGAACAUAGAGCAUUGAUUGAUGCUCUGACCGCUGAAAUCCUUCUGGUCCGAGAAGAAAAUGCUGCCAUGCAGAAAAGGCUUCAGCAAUACAUGGUGAUAACAGAUGAACAGUUGAUUUCACUCACUCAGGCAUUCAAAAGCCUUCUUGUAACAGAUCCCAGCAGAGGGCAAAGUCCAACAAACUUUGGAGUUCCAGUCAACAGUCAAGAGAAGCCUGCUGUAUACUGCACUGUGCCCCGGACCGAUACUUUCAGAAGGGAAAACACGCUUGUAUUUUCACAAGAGGAGCUGCCUGUGAAGCUUUCCAAGUGGACAAGUGCCCCAGACACUGUAGUGGCAGGCAGCAGUUUGCCAGCUCAUGUCUUCCAGCCAGCUGUGAUGUUAUCUCCACCUAGACAAAGGAGUAUUCAGGAAUUUUCUCCUUCUCAGAAUGCACUGAAGAAGACAGUUCAAACACAUCCUGCAUCCCACAUCUCUCCAUCUAUGGAAGCCUCUGAGAGAGAGUCAAACUGGCAGAAGAGCUCACCUUCCUCUGAGGAAACUCAGAGCACAAAUGAAGAGAAUCGUCUCCUCACCCAGAGGUGGCAAAUUCCUUCUACACACAAAGACUUGGAGAGCUCUUUACUGUCAGAGAGUCAGCAAGGGAGAAGCGCCUUGUGCCCAGUGGACAGAUUGGCCGCUGCUGGCUCUGGGGAGGAGCAGAAGCCCAGUGCACUCAAGGAGCAUGCCCAAAGCAAGGAUCUGUUAGGACCGCUAGCUGAGCUAACACUGCAGAACUCUGUUAUCAAAGCUCAGUUGAAGAAAUUCAGAGAUCGCUCUCAAGAGGCAGGGGAUGGCCUGCACCAAGCAAUCACAAUGCAAAAUAUGAACACUAGUUUAGGAUCACCCAUGCAGGGACAGAUUUUACAAGAAGUACCAAAGAGCUUGGAGGAACGAAUAGCAGAACUGAACCGCCAAAGUGCAGAAGCCCGUGAUAAACUGUUGCAGCUGAUAGAUCAGCAAAAGUUGGCCACUGUCAACCCUAUCUCUCCUCCAGUAUCACCUAUUUUACCUCCCCCCAUAAAUUGGACUGAAAAUGUAAAGAGGACAAUUGAGGUGUCUAUUCCAGUGGCAGAAACUAUGGACAGCUCCAAAGGAGAUACUCCUUCUCCUGCCAGUGGGGCCAGCGUAAGAAGAUCUACAGGUGCCUCUAGCAAGACCUGUUCUCCAUUAAGUACCUCUUCAGGAAGUAUGAAAUUGACACCUGCCAAUCAGAGGACAAAGGUGGAGAGGCAAAGAGAAGAAGGCUGGUUUGCACUAUCAAUGCAUAUCACGUAACUGAAACUGAAUCGCAUAGACUCUAUUUUAUAUUUCGUGUGUGAGCUUCCUGUAGAUUUCUGCAGUUCCUCUCCCCAAACAUAAAUUUUAACUCUCAAAGUACCUACUUGUUUAUCUUCCACACACAGAGGUCUCUCCGCCUAUGCUUGUGCUCACCUUCAGACUAAUGCAAUUGCAGCCUUGAGAGUGGGACUCAGAAGUGGGAAUGGAAUGUGGCAUUCCCGUUCCUGUAUGAAGAAAAGGGGCUAAAUUGAGGUUGAUUUAGCCCAUUUCUGUGCCUCAGCAUCCAUCUACAUUAGGCAUGCUGAAGAAAGGGGCUUCUGGAGAAGACACUAGCUAUCUUUUUCAUGAGCCAUCUCCAGUACAUGUCAACAAAAGCAAAGGACAUAAAUAGGACCAUCAAUUGAGAAGAGCUGGUGUAUGUAAUGGUAUGUCUACACUUGCACCCUAGUUCGAACUAGGGAUGCAAAUGUAGACAUUUGAAAUAGUGAA